AUGCUGAGCGACAAUCGAAUGCGAGCGAGCCUCCAGGUCGCUCCCCUGGAGCUCACCAAAUCUCGGCCUGAAGAGACCCGCGAUGGCUCUUCUUCACACGACCAGACGCCCAAAGGCGAAUCAAACUUGGACAUUUCACAUCUUGGCUCGCAAAUGACUCCACCUGUUACUCCCUAUGGCUCUCAGGAGGAUCUAUCCUCUCGGCCAGAGUCCCAUAUGCCGCCUGUCUUCCACAACUUCCUCCGCGCGUUUUAUCCCUUUGAGCCAACUAUCGCAAUGACCGAUUCUAGCGUAACCCUGCCACUGGACGAGGGAGACGUUGUCCUGGUACACUCAAUCCACACCAACGGCUGGGCAGAUGGAACACUGCUGGCGUCAGGCGCAAGAGGAUGGCUUCCAACCAACUACUGCGAAGCGUACGAGCCUGAGGAAAUGCGGAAUCUCUUAAAAGCGUUGCUAAAUUUUUGGGAUCUACUACGGAUUACGACCAUUGACGAGGGACACAUGUUCCAGAGUCAAGAUUUUAUGAAGGGUCUGAUCGGUGGAGUACGAUAUCUGCUGGUAAGUAGUCUUACUGAACGUACUCAGUGCCUAAAUCGAGAGUCCACUCUCGUCGAGCGAUGCGAACCUCUACGGAGAUGUCGCAAGUCGCUUCUCUCAGAACUUUCCUCGCUCGUGAAAACAGCGAAGCGACUCCAAGAACUUCAACGGGUGGCAUUGGAUUUCCCCGAAGAGAUUAACGAUGUCGUAGAUCAAAUGAUAUUGAAGGCGUUCAAAAUCGUCACCAAGGGAGUGCGAUUUCUCGAUGUUAUGGACGAAGAUAAGCGAGCUCACGCUUUAUUAACGACGACUCUGGCUCCAGUGAUUGAGGAAACGUGUGUUCCACCAACGCCUCCCGCCGAAAGGGCCGUGUUUAGCGAGCGGACACAAACGGCUACGGAUGACCGUGCUUCUGCCACUGCAACUGUUGGAGAUGCUGCCUCUCUUGCAUCCACAGAGACAAGCAGCCUCUCUCGACCGGCCCAAAGUAGCCGCUGGAGCAAGCGGCUAUCGUCCCUAAGCGCCCAGGUUGGCACUAAUUCCCGUCGACACUCUCAAGUUAGCAUGAACCGCUUGUCCGCGAAUAUGGCCCAUCGGCUAUCGCUGGCUGGACCAUCACCACUUUCCCGCCCUCAUCAUUUAGUGUCUGAGCGUCUCAGCAAAAGCCAUGAUACUUUCCUCUCCCACCUUGGCUCAUUUAUCGGACGCCUGCACUUGCAAUCUCAGUCGCGGCCUGAGCUUGCAACUUCUAUCAAGCUGUCUGCCAUCUCUGGAGGAGAACUCCUGGCCGUUGUCGAUGCGGUUUCUACGCAAAGCAGCUCCAUGAUUGGCGCAUUGGUAUCGUCAAGGGAAUCCUUGCUUGAGCGUAUCCAUGAGCUUGUGUUUGCUGCUCAAGAUACUCUGGCGAAUGCGGAAACAGAGGGAGCAGAUAUCAUAAUGCCACAGGAUAACAACAUUAUGCUAAUGUCGGCGACAAGCUGCGUGCGAGCAGCCGGUGAAUGCGUUGCCUUGACGAAGGGCGUGAUCGAGAGGACAGGAGACUUUGAACUCGAGUCUGAUGGUAAUGCUCUGCAAUUAGACUUGAGUGUUCUCGAUGCCACGGCAACACGGUCGAGGACACCAUCAGUGGCGGAGAAGUCAGAGGUAGCCAGCGUUACCGGGUCCGCUCAUACCACGAGUGACUCGAUGAGCUCUUCCGCCAGGCGGCCAAGUGUAGCAGCACUUGACAAGCCGCUACCUCGAGUCCCUGAAAGCCAGCCCGACGAAGAGUCCACCCCACAGAAUCAAUCUCCCAAGACGUCUCGGCCCUCGUCAGCAACGGAAGAAGGUGUAUCUAGUCCGGCCUCUUCUGCCACAUCCGUUGGGAGAACACUCCCGCAUCUACCAAAGCUUACUACUACUCCUAUGCCCAAGGAUCAUCAGACCACAAUCGACGGCAGCUCUGCCCGGGAGCAGGACCCCCAUUCCUCCUUUGAUAGCAUGGCUGGUUCUAGUGCUGGGAGCAGCACAACAUACAUGAGCAGAGACUCAGAAGUUAGUCUCGUGUCUCAGACUUCAACACGCGCCACUACCCCCGAUCAUACAAUGGUUCCCCGGAGCCAGCCAUCUAUAUCUGAACUGAGCACUACGGGAAGCUCCACCCACUCCAUCCACACCGAGGAAACUGAGGAUGUUGAAUCAAAGCUAUUAAUGAAGACGUAUGCACAUGAGCUAAUUUUCAAUAAAGAAGGCCAAGUUACAGGCGGUACGCUGCCGGCAUUGGUCGAACGGUUGACCACACAUGAGGCCACCCCUGAUGCUACAUUCGUCUCAACUUUCUUUCUGACUUUCAGGCUCUUUUGCAGCCCUAUCCAGCUGACGGAGGCGCUUAUCGAUCGAUUCGAAUACGCGGAGGAAUCACCGCAAACCUCAGGCCCCGUCCGUCUGCGAGUAUAUAAUGCUUUCAAGGGCUGGCUUGAGUCUCAUUGGCGUGAUAACGCUGACCGCGAAGCACUGGCAAUCAUUAUUCCCUUCGCAGAGGAUCGCCUCAAUGCCGUUUUGCCAUCUGCUGGCUCCCGGCUCCUGGAACUGGCGAAUCGUGUGUCGGGCGAAGGCGCGCUGGUGCCCCGGCUUGUCUCUUCUAUGGGCAAGACAAACACAGCCAUCGGCCAAUAUGUGCCCGCAGAUCUUCCUCUUCCCUCCCCCAUCAUUUCCAAGAGUCAGCAAAACUUGCUGCAGUCCUUCAAGGCUGGGGGCACCUUGCCAACAAUAUUGGACUUUGAUCCACAAGAGCUCGCUCGUCAAUUGACCAUUAUGCAGAUGAACAUUUUCCGCUCCAUCUUACCCGAAGAGCUUCUGGCCUCUCAGUGGAUGAAGAAGGGCGGAGUGAAUGCUCCCAACGUCAAGGCCAUGUCAUCCUUAUCUACCGACCUAUCAAACAUGGUUUCUGAAACAAUCCUUCAACAUACAGAACUCAAGAAGCGUGCGGCUGUCAUCAAGCAGUGGAUUAAAAUUGCACAGCAAUUGCUAGAGCUCCACAAUUACGAUGGCCUGAUUUCCAUCAUCUGCAUCCUCAAUGGCAGCACCAUUACUCGCUUGCGCAAAACUUGGGAUACGAUAUCACAGAAGCGGAAAGACAGCCUCCGUCAUUUACAGGACAUUGUAGAGCCGUCGCAGAAUAACAAAAUUCUCCGCACCAAGCUGCAUGAUCACGUUCCUCCCUGCCUGCCUUUUCUAGGCAUGUACCUGACCGACUUGACUUUUGUUGAUGCUGGCAACGCGUCGACGAAGCAAGUAGCUGAGGAAGACGGUGCAGAGGGCCUGACGGUUGUUAACUUUGACAAACACACGCGGACAGCCAAGAUCAUCGGCGAGCUUCAGCGGUUUCAGAUGCCUUACCGUUUGGCAGACCUACCUGAUAUGCAGGAAUGGCUAUCGGCGCAAUUUCAGCUCAUCCGCGAGGGAGACCAAGGGAAUGUUCAAAUAGCAUAUUAUCGAAAAAGCCUUUUGCUGGAGCCUCGCGAAUCAUCAUCAGUGAAGCGAGACUCCGAACCACCGGCUGCAGCCGCGACACCGGCAGCUCCUUCUGCUCGAACGGAUCUUUUUGGUUGGAUGACGCGCAGCGGGCAGAGCUCGACGCCAUCAUAA